AUGAUAUCAAGAGGGCCGCUCAAAUACGAGGCCACCAAGCCUGGUCAACCUGUCAAGCCUGGAACAACUCUCCGCAUUCUUGGAGUUGGCGAUUCGAUCACCGUUGGUUUCUUAAGCGACCUCGACGGAGGCGAUGGUAACGGUUACAGGCUUAAGCUUCGGCAAAACCUAUCAAGGGACUGCGUCGCUUUUGCCGGGACAGAAUCGGUCCGCGGGACUAUUCCUGACAACAAUUUUGCUGCUUGGAAUGGCAGAACCAUUCAGUUCAUUUCGGAUAAUAUCGAAGCAUCACUGAAUCAGCGGCCCAAUGUCGUUCUGGUACAUGCAGGUACCAAUGACAUGAACCCUAACUUGGACAUUGCGACAGAGGGCAACGAUCCAAAAUGUGCAGCGGAACGUCUAGGGCAGCUCAUUGACCAGAUAGUGGAAGCGUGCCCAGACGCUACUGUUCUUGUUGCUAUGAUUAUCAACACUCUCGAUGAGGCUCAGCAGAAGAAUAUCAUCCCGUUCCAGCGUUUCAUACCCGGCAUCGUCGCAUCGCGAGCGGCAGCAGGAAAGCAUGUUCUCACUGUGAAUUUCACCACUUUCCCUACAAGCUUGCUUCGAGACGGCGUUCAUCCGACUAAUGAAGGUUAUCGUCACUUUGGGGAUUAUUGGUAUGACUUUAUAACCCAAAUACCGAAGGAAUGGCUUGACUCUCCUGUUGGAGGGGACCGGGACUCAUUCACCCCAGAAGGCAAGACCGAAUUCAGUGAACCUCGGCCAGAGAAUGUCAGCUGGCCCAGGCGAAUCUUGAACUUGCUCUGUCUGAAAUUUUAA